CGCGCGUCUCCUGGGGGCGGGACUUCCGGCCUGGCUGCUGGGCGGAGCUGAGCGCGCCAUGGAGGCGGUGUAGGUGCGGCCCUCGGUCCUGGAGCCGGGCCUCGAGCCGGGCCCGCAGAUAUUAAAAUAUGCUGUUGUCAAUAGGAAUGCUGAUGUUGUCUGCCACACAGAUAUACACUAUUGUGACUGUUCAGUUAUUUGCUUUCCUGAAUCUCUUACCAGUGGAGGCAGAUAUUUUAGCGUAUAACUUCGAGAAUGGAACCCAGACCUUUGAUGAUCUGCCCGCCAGAUUUGGCUACAGACUGCCAGCAGAAGGCCUGAAGGGUUUCCUAAUAAAUUCAAAACCAGAGAAUGCAUGUGAGCCUAUAGCCCCCCCUCCACUGAGAGACAACUCGUCCACUGCUUUUAUUGUAUUAAUUCGAAGGCUUGAGUGCAAUUUCGAUAUCAAGGUUUUAAAUGCACAGAGAGCUGGAUACAAGGCAGCUAUAGUUCACAAUGUUGAUUCUGAUGACCUCAUAAGCAUGGGAUCCAACGACAGUUAUCGAACAUGCAGCAAGAACAUAAUUGAAAUUUUAAAGAAGAUAGACAUUCCUUCUGUCUUCAUUGGGGAAGCAUCAGCUAAUUCUCUUAAAGAAGAAUUUACGUAUGAAAGGGGUGGCCAUGUUGUGUUGAUCCCAGAGUUCAGUCUUCCUUUGGAGUACUACUUAAUCCCUUUUCUAAUAAUAGUAGGGAUCUGCCUUAUUCUCAUUGUCAUAUUUAUGAUCACAAAAUUUGUGCAAGACAGACACAGGGCAAGAAGGAAUCGCCUGAGGAAGGAUCAGCUGAAGAAACUUCCCAUACACAAAUUUAAGAAAGGAGAUGAAUAUGAUGUGUGUGCCAUUUGUCUGGAUGAAUACGAGGAUGGAGACAAGCUCAGAAUCCUUCCAUGCUCUCAUGCGUAUCACUGCAAGUGUGUGGACCCGUGGCUGACAAAAACAAAAAAAACGUGUCCUGUCUGUAAGCAGAAAGUGGUCCCUUCUCAGGGGGACUCUGACUCUGAGACAGACAGCAGUCAAGAAGAAAACGAAGUAUCUGAAAAUACCCCCUUGCUUAGACCAUUAGCCUCAGUUAGCACUCAGUCAUUUGGGGCUCUGUCAGAAUCACAUUCCCAUCAGAACAUGACAGAGUCCUCCGAGUAUGAGGAGGAUGACAAUGACAACAUUGACAGCAGCGAUGCAGAAAAUGGAGUGAACGAAGAAAGUGUAGUAGUUCAGCUUCAGCCCAAUGAUGAAAGGGAUUACAGAGUGACGAAUACUGUUUGAGACCACUCAUGACGAAAAGUGAAUGAAUAAAAGAGUUCUUGAGGCUACACAAGACAAACAUUUAUGUAGGUAAUCUAUUUUAAUCCGUCUGGUUUCUUCAGUAGGAGCGGUUUAUGUAGUUGUACUAUGGUUUGUUUAAUCAUUACAGGUAGAUUUAUUUUUGAUUCAGGUAUUCAGUCACACUUCCUGUCUUUUCAAGACAGUUUAACUGGACUCCACAAUGCUAAUGAGUAAUGUUAAUAGCAUAUACUGAUAGCAAUCUCACACAGGCUACUUUAAACGUUGGUAUCUGCUGAAACGGGAUUUAGAUGGAAAUAAUUUUGUAGCUAUGGCUGGGUCAUACUGAUAGCAGUAUUUAUUAUGUGUAUGGUAUGUGUUACCCUUAAGCCCAACAAAAAAAGUCUAUUUGCAUGUUUGUGUAGUUUUCCUAAAAAUUGUCAGCACUGUCAGAAACAAAACGUACAACAGGUUCUAUACGCUGGUCUAUCAAAAGAAAGCAGAAGAGAUUCCACUUCCAUCGUAAAGCAGUGAUUCCAAAUACUCCUUGGAAGAUUGCCACAGUAGCUGAGUGUAAGCUGUCCUGUUGAGCGGUUCCUAGGAUAAAGAAACUUAGAAUAUAUGUUUAGUUUUAAGCGGUUCACAAAUUAAAAUCCAUCGUUAACACGUUAAUUUAGCUUUGUUUGCUACUGCGACGAAUGGUCUGUUUGUUCAGUGAUGAUGUGGGAGCUGGGGGAGGGGGUGACUAAAACAGAGGAGGUUUUGUUCCACGUAGAAUUUUAGGUAAGUAUUCAAUUGAUCUUCAACUCAUAUACCUCUUACUGAAGAGCAUUUUAUGCUACGUUAGUCUGGUAAACUGUGUAUAUAGACAAAUUGUUCUUUCAAAUACCUGAUUAACAGAGCUCAGUACUUACCAGUGUAUCAUGAGAAAAGUAAAUUAUAUAUAAUGCCUCUGUAACUAUGUAGAGAGUAACAGAACAUGUAUAAUCCAAAUGCAGAGUUUUUUUUUUAUAUGGCCUUGAAUAAGGAAAGCUUGAAAGAAUGUUAAUAAACAUGUUUUCCACUUUAA